UGAAAAAAAAUAAUGAAUUAAUGAAGAUCACAAAAUCAGUUUUGCUGAACGCAGCCAAAGCACCCACGAUAAACCAAAACUUAAACAUAAAUUCAAACCUCACAACAUUCUUCAACAAAUACGUAAACACAACCGAUGUAUGGUCAUGGAACUCGGUCAUUGCAGACCUGGCUCGAGCCGGGGACUCAGUCGAGUCCCUACUCGCAUUCGCGGCAAUGCGAAAACUUUCCCUCACCCCAAACCGGUCCACAUUCCCUUGCACUAUUAAAUCAUGUGCAGCAUUGUUUGAUCAUUGCUCUGGAAAACAAAUCCAUUUACAAGCUUUUGUUUUCGGGUUUCAUAAUGAUGUUUUUGUCUCGUCUGCUUUGAUUGACAUGUACUCUAAAUGUGGGUAUUUGGAUGAUGCAUAUAACGUGUUUGAUGAAACGCCUGUGAGAAAUGUGGUUUCUUGGACUUCCAUGAUUACUGGGUAUGUUCAACAUGGACGUCCUUAUGAUGCUUUGUACGUGUUUAAGGAUUUUCUAAGACAAGAAAGUGAGAAUCAGAAUGAAAAUGAAGCGUGUGUUGAUGCGGUUGCUAUGGUUACGGUUCUUGCAGCUUGUUCUAGUACUUCAAAUAAGAACGUUACUGAAGGGGUUCAUGGAGUGGUUGUUAAAAAGGGGUUUGAGGAAAAUACGAAAAUUGGGAAUACUUUGGUGGAUGCUUAUGCUAAAUGUGGUCUUUUAGGUUUUUCAAGGAAGGCGUUUGAUGAGAUAAUGGAUAAGGACGUAACGACUUGGAAUUCAAUGAUUGCGGUUUGUGCUCAACAUGGGAUGUCUACACAAGCGUUGGAGUUGUUUCAUGCGAUGGUGCGAGAUAGUUAUGUUAAUUACAAUGCCGUGACAUUGUCUGCUGUUCUUCUUGCUUGUGCCCAUUCAGGUGCUCUACAAAUUGGAAAGUGUGUACAUGAUCAGAUUAUAAAGAUGGGCCUGGAGGAAGAUGUGGUUGUGGGUACAUCAGUUGUGGACAUGUAUUGCAAGUGUGGGCAGGUAAGAACCGCAAGGAUCGCCUUUGAUCGCAUAAAGAACAAGAAUGUAAGGUCAUGGACAGCCAUGGUUGCUGGUUAUGGCAUGCAUGGUUAUGCUCGAGAAGCUCUAGAUGUUUUUUAUGAGAUGAUUCGGGUUAAGCUAGUGCCAAAUUAUAUCACAUUUGUAUCAGUCCUAUCAGCCUGUAGCCAUGCUGGUCUGGUUGAUGAAGGAUGGCACUGGUUCCAAACCAUGGAACAUAAAUAUUGUAUCAAGCCAGGGGUGGAGCACUAUAGCUGCAUGGUUGAUCUUUUUGGGCGAGCCGGUUACCUUAACAAGGCUUAUGAUCUAAUCAAGAACAUGAAGGUAAGGCCCGAUUUUGUUAUUUGGGGUUCUCUUCUUGCUGCUUGUAGAAAGCACAAAAACGUAGAGCUUGGGGAGAUCUCUGCAAGACAACUUUUUGAACUAGACCCACAGAAUUGUGGUUAUUAUGUUUUACUUUCCAACAUUUAUGCUGAAGCUGGAAGGUGGGAAGACGUAGCUAAGAUGCGAAUUCAUAUGAAAAACCAUGAAUUAAGUAAAACUCCAGGAUUUAGUUUGGUUGAAUUAAAAGGAAGGGUACAUGUAUUUCUGGUUGGGGAUAAAGAACAUCCUGAUCAUGAGAAAAUAUACUUAUAUUUGGAUGAAUUAUGUGAGAAGGUACAAGCAGCAGGGUAUAUACCGAAUAUGACAUCAGAUUUACAUGACAUUGAUAAGGAAGAGAAGGAAAUGACGUUAAGGAUUCAUAGUGAGAAGCUGGCUGUUGCGUAUGCAAUUAUGAACUCGGUUCCCGGUUCAACUAUUCAGGUGAUCAAGAAUUUGAGGAUUUGUGGCGAUUGUCAUGAAACCAUCAAGUUAAUAGCUAAGAUUGUUAACCGGAGAAUUGUGGUUAGAGAUUCAAAGCGGUUUCAUCAUUUUAGUGAGGGCUUGUGUUCUUGUGGGGAUUAUUGGUGAUCCUUUUUGUUCUGCACCAUAUAUGGAUUAUGUCUCAAAGCUAAUAUUUUGGACACAAGUGAUUCGAUUUAUCCAAUAUGAAGGAAUAUACACACUCUUAUGUUUCUCUUUGUGUAAA